UAGACAUUCUACCAUCCCGCCUGUGACCAGACAAACGUGCGAAGCCUCAAGGCGGAUUGAUUCACUUUAGGUACUAAAUUGUACUGCCCACUGCGUACGCUGCUACCUUAAGGUAGUCUAGGUACAGAAGCUAAAGCUGCACCUCCUCCGCCCACCAAAAACUCAUCCAUUCCGUCUCCAUUUCUCUUUCUCUGCUGCAUCUGCUACAUCUGCAUCUGCAACAUCUUUUCGCCUUCUUCUCCUUAUCUCUUCCUCCCUCUCUCUUCUCCGUCUGGUUUUCCUUCCUCCACGUAACUUCACGAUACGAUAAGAUACCCUUUUACUUCAACCUUCACAAUGUCUGACACUGUUUACCCCGAAGUCCUCUGGGCCCAGCGAUCUUCCGUCGCCGACGCCUCCAAGAACUUCAUCUACCUUACCAUCUCUGUCCCUGAUGUGCCCAAGGACAGCCUCACUCUCGACCUUCAGCCCACCAAGCUCACAUUCACCGGCACCUCAUCCACUCUCAAGAAGAAGUACCAUGUCGAGCUCGAAUUCUGGGGCGAGAUCGACCCCGCUGAGAGCAAGAUCAACCACACUGCCAAGAAUGUUGAGAUAAAGCUGCAAAAGAAGGAGCUCAAGGAGGAGUACUGGCCUAGAUUGCUCAAGGACUCCAAGCGCGUCCACUUCCUCAAGACCGACUUCGACAAGUGGGUUGAUGAGGAUGAGCAGAACGAGGCCCCUGAGGACGACUUCUCUCAGUUCGGUGGCAUGGGCGGCAUGCCUGGUAUGGGAGACAUGGGUGGUGACUUUGGCGGUAUCGACUUCUCCAAGUUGGGAGGUGGCGGUGCUGGCUUCCCUGGUGCCGAGGGCGCCGGUGAUGAGCUCGACGAGGAGGAUGACGACGACGACGACAUGCCUGCCCUCGAGGGCGACGAUAAGAAGGAGGCCGCACCCGCCGCUGCCCCUGCUGCCACCGAGAAGAAGGACUAAAUAUCUCAAUCAUGAAUGUUUGACGUUGCCAAAGAGGAGCAUUUCUGAACUACAGUACAGGAUGAGGCUGUGUAACUUUGGCGUUGUGCCGUACCAAGGCAGGCGUAUUUUUCGGAUAUGUAGUCACGACUACAUUGCCCGUUACGAUAUGGAAGAAAAAAAUGGAAAAACUGUUAAGCCCACGCACGGUGUUUACUAUUGUGUUGAAAAUCUGGUCAAUGUGAUCGUCAAAAUGUUAGCCUGGUGAUUUCAAGGCUCGUGCUUGAGGCAGGUCUACGUUUGGACCCCUUCAUGACUUGCUUGGCAUGGGCGUCGCGUUAGAAUUAUAAAUGGCGAUUGACCACUCAGACACGAACAAGUUAAUCAGUCUCGGUUCAGAGACUGGGAUGCCUCAACAACGAAGCAUGAUUCUGGAGAAGAUAUGUCGAAUCCUCCGUAUACUUUAUCAUAGGAUGCAUGUCAUCAUAUCUGAACAGAGAUUCGUGUAUGAAGCGCUUCUUAUUCCAUCUGUUGUACAAUACACUUUAGUUUCCAGGUCCCUCGGUUGCUGUUAAGCAACGUUGAGACAUGGCUACCGAACUGAUAAGUUCGAUGCGUCAAGGGUGAGAACUGAGACCAAACAGUAACAAAUGCAAAACCGGCUGCUCCGCUGUUCGACCCCGA